AAGAGGAGGAGACAUGGAGCCGAGAUCUGUGGCCAGGCUGCUGACGGGGAGCAGAGAAGAGGCAGGGCAGAGAGCAGGAGAGAGAGAGAGAGAGGAGGGGGGGGAGUAGUGCGAGGGUUUAAAGUAUCGUCAAUGAGGAAGUUGGAGAACCAUUUUCACUAUUGGGCAACAGCGGCUGACUGCGAGAGAGAGCCAGAGCUCAGCCCGGAGCUCUACGGGAGCCGUCUCUCUCUCUCUCCUCUUUUCAUGGUGGUUUUCUGUUCUCGCGUGUGAUUUAUGUCCGUUUAUUCGUUCCGGUCCGCACAGACCAGAGGGCAGCGUGUCCGGUUGGGCGUCGGGCGGGUCGGGGGGCGGGCUGGGGGGGGCAGCGUUGUGCCGGAAUGAGUUCACACAAUGGGAGCAGCCCCGUCUCUCCGCGGAGAAGAGAGUGCUGUUAGAAGCGGAUCGCGGAGCAGAAGGGGGAGGGAGGGGGAGAGAAGCUGAGCUUUCUUCCUCCUCGGAAUCUCCUGCUGGGGCCUGUGGUUUCACAGGUUUUAAAAACAUUUUCCGUUGUUUUUAUCUUCCGUGUUGGAUAUCGAGAAGCCCCGAAACACGAGGAUUAUUUUCUUGCUGUGACCGGGAAGUUACCGUGUGAAGUUUUUCCUUCCUUUUGCUGCGGGAGCAGAUGCACGUCUUCUUGGAUUACAAAGAGAAACGACAGCAGUAACCAAAAACAACCAUUUGUGGGGGCAGUUUCUUCAGAGUGAGUUCUUUAAAUGGAUUACAAAAUGCAUUCAAAGUCAAGCGAUUUAUUGGAUUUCCAAACCUUGGAUGCCCUUUUGGAGAAAAUUGCACACUACUCGCUCACUAUGAAAAGAGAGCCCAGCGAGGAGUGCAAUGGCAUCACUGGAGCCCUCUCUGUGCAGACCGCGCCUGGGACGAGAGUGAGCGAGCGCGCAGCCAUGGGGGACGGCCUGGACGCGGCGCAGAUGUCGGCCACGCCGGGCCAGCCGUCCGUGCAGCCCGCCCCAGCCUUCCAGAACCCCGCCCCCCCGGAGACCUCCAGCUCCAACCGGCCCAAGCGCCAGACCAACCAGCUGCAGUACCUGCUCAAGGUGGUGCUGAAGACGCUGUGGAAGCACCACUUCGCCUGGCCCUUCCAGCAGCCCGUGGACGCCGUGAAGCUGAACCUGCCCGACUAUUACAAGAUUAUCAAGUCUCCUAUGGACAUGGGAACAAUCAAGCGACGCCUGGAGAACAGCUUCUACUGGAACGCCCAGGAAUGUAUUCAAGACUUCAACACGAUGUUUACGAACUGCUACAUCUACAACAAGCCGGGAGAUGACAUAGUCUUAAUGGCCGAGGCCCUGGAGAAGAUGUUCCUGCAGAAGAUCUCGGAGAUGCCCCAGGAGGAGACAGAGAUCCCUGUGGUGUCGGGAAAGGGCCGGGGCCGAGGACGGAAAGACGCAGGUGUGAGCUCGAAGCCAGGGACUGCCUUGGACUCUCCCUCCACGCCCCCCCAGACUCGCGGGCCCCCUGCCAACUCAUCGCAGGGGCCGCAGACGAGGGGACCACCACCCAUCCCCCCGGGGACCCAGACCAGGACACACCCCCAGCAAAACGUUCAGACUUUGCAAUCACGCGGGGUACCCCCGCAACAGACUCUGCCCCAGAAUCCUCAGGCGCGGGCACAUCCACCUCCCUCAGGGCCGCAAUACCCCUUGGCACCCCCGGACUGCAUUACCCAGAAUCCCAUCAUGACCAUGACCUCCGUGCCUAACCCUGCCCAGACCACCCUACCCCCAGUGCCCAUGCCACCGAGCACCGCACCGCCCAAUAAACAGAGGAAAAGCAUGAAACGGAAAGCCGACACCACCACACCCACGGCCAACGACCAGAUGAGCGAGUCGUCCCCGGCCCCGCCCGAGUCCAAAUCUGGCAAGACGCUCCCCCGGAGGGACAGCAGCAGGCCGGCCAAGAUCCCCAAGAAGGAGGCUCCAGACUCCCAGCACCCAGCCCUGGACAAGCCCGGGGUCGGGGGGGUCCUUCCGGGGACCCUGCUGGGGUCCGGGGGCGCGCAGAGCCCCAAGCAGCAGGAGCAGCUGCGGUACUGCAGCGGCAUCAUCAAGGACAUGUUCGCCAAGAAGCACGCAGCCUACGCCUGGCCCUUCUACAAGCCCGUGGACGUGGAGGCCCUGGGCCUGCACGACUACCACGACAUCAUCAAGCACCCAAUGGACCUCAGCACCAUCAAGUCUAAGCUGGAGAGCCGGCAGUACCGGGACGCCCAGGAGUUCGCGGCCGACGUGCGGUUGAUGUUCUCCAACUGCUACAAGUACAACCCCCCCGACCACGAGGUGGUGGCCAUGGCUCGCAAGCUGCAGGCCCAGGACGUGUUUGAGAUGCGUUUCGCCAAGAUGCCGGACGAGCCGGAGGAGGUGGCGGUGCCAGCGCCCUCCCCCGUGAUCCCGGCCCCGGUGAAGCAGCAGCAGCCGCCGCCGCCGCCCUCCUCCAGUGACAGCAGCAGCGACAGCUCGUCCGACAGCGAGAGCAGCACCGACGACUCAGAGGAGGAGAGAGCCCAGCGGCUAGCAGAGCUGCAGGAACAGCUGAAAGCCGUGCACGAGCAGCUGGCGGCCCUCUCCCAGCCCCAGGCCAGCAAACCAAAGAAGAAGGAGAAGGACAAGAAGGAGAAGAAGAAGGAGAAAGAGAAGGAAAAGCACAAGAAGAAGGCGCUGGCUGCAGUGGUGCUGGAGGAGGUGGAGGAGCUGCCCCAGCCCCCCAGGAAGAGCAAGAGCAAGGAACCCCCACCCAAAAAGACCAAGAAGACCAGUAAAAAGGAGUGUGUGAAGAACAGCCGGCCGGCCCCGCCCCCUCCCCCUGUGGCCGCAACAGUGCCUCCUGCUCUGGAUUCGGAGGAUGAGGGCGUGGGGGGCAUGCUGGCUGGGGAGAAGUGCAAGCCCAUGUCGUACGAGGAGAAGCGGCAGCUGAGCCUGGACAUCAACAAGCUGCCCGGCGACAAGCUGGGCCGGGUAGUCCACAUCAUCCAGUCCCGCGAGCCCUCGCUCAAGAACUCCAACCCGGACGAGAUCGAGAUCGACUUCGAGACGCUGAAGCCCUCCACGCUGCGCGAGCUGGAGAGAUACGUCUCCUCCUGCCUGCGGAAGAAGAAGAAGGUCCCUGUGGCAGAGAAGACCAUGGAGAUGAUGGGUGCCAUGAAGACGAAGGCCGGCUCUUCGUCGGACUCGGGGAGCAGCAGCGAGACCAGCUCCUCGGACAGCGAGGACUCGGACGCAGGAAUGGCACCCAAAAUAAAGAAGAGAGGCCAUUCUGGGAAGGAGCAGAAGAAGCACCAUGGACACCCAGUGCCCGGCGUGGCCCCCGCAGCUCUGCCCGCCCAGCAGCCGGCUCCCGUGGUGCAGCCCGUGCCCCCGCCCCAGCUGAAGCAGUCCCCCCCCUCGUACGUGCCGCCGCCCGUGCCGGCAAUGGACUCGGCGCAGCUGCUGGGCGGCUCCUUCGACGGCCUGCCGCACUUCGGCCUGGUGCACCUGCCUCCGCAGCAGCCCUCGCCCCCGGCCCCGCACCUCAACGCGCACCCCGCUGCCAGCGUGGUCUCUCCCCCGCCAGAGGCGCACCCGUACCUCAGCCAGCACAGCGUCCUCGCCUCCCCAGCUCUGCACAACGCCUUGCCCCAGCAGCCUUCGAGACCCAGCAACCGCGCAGCACCUCUACCUCCCAAACCGCCGCAGCCACCCGCGCAGCCGCCGCAGCCACCCAUGCAGCAGCAGCCGCCGCCGCACCACCAGACCGGCCACAUCCACCACCACCCCUCGCCGGCGGCGCCGCCCCCGCACCGGCCGCACGCGCCCUCGCCCACGCUCACGCCGCAGGGGCUGCUGUCCGCCCAGCCCCCGCAGGCCCUCCUGGAGGACGACGACGAGCAGCCGCCCGCCCCGCAACACCACGGACUACCUCUGAACCAGGUGCAGCUCUACCUGCAGCACCUGCAGAACCGCCAGCAGCAGCAGCAGCAGCAACAACAACAGCAGCAGCAGCAGACCUCUUUGCUGCAGUCCGUGCAGGUCCAGUCUCAGGCCCAGCCCACCCCGCAGGGCCCAGCCCAGCAACCCGCACAACCGCAACCUGCGCAGCAGCAGCAGCAGCAGGCACCGCCAGCCCAGGUUCCCCCUCCUCAGACUCAUGCGGGGCAGCAGAGGCACCUGCACAUGCAGUCGCUCCCUUACCCUCAGUCCCAGCACAUCCAGGGGCCCCCGCACCAACAGCAGCAGCAGCAGCAGCAGCAGCACAAGGGGGCGGUCCAGGCCACCAAGUCGCAACCGAUCAUACAGCACCACCACCACCCCUCGCCCCGCCAACACAAGGCCGACCCCUAUGCUGGACACAUGAGAGAGAACCCCUCUCCUCUGAUGAUGCACUCUCCCCAGAUGGCUCAGUACCCUUCCAUCGUGCAUCUGUCUCCUCCGCAUCAGAACCUGCAGCCUAAGAAACCGGAGCAGCGACCAGCCCCGCCUCAUGGGGGCGUGAAGGAGGAGAAGAUGCCCCCGUCGCCGGUGAUCCGUGGAGAGCCCUUCAGCCCCACCAUGCGCCAAGAGCCCCCCAAGCAUCCCGACAAGCCCCCGCAGCAAGGACACGCCCAGCAGAGAUCAGAUGUGAGGCAGAUGGAGAGUUCCCGGCCUGUGAUACGGCCCUCAGAGCAGAGUGCCCCUCCAUCCUCUGGACCGGACAAGGAUAAGCUCAAGCAGGAGCCCAAAACGCCCGUCGCCCCCAAAAAGGACCUGAAGCUGAAGAACAUGGGUCCCUGGGCCAGCCUGGCACAGAAGUCGAUGGCAGCGCCCUCGUCCACGGUGAAGUCCUCCAGCGACAGCUUCGAGCAGUUCCGGCGCGCAGCGCGGGAGAAGGAGGAGCGGGAGAAGGCGCUGAAGGCCCAGGCGGAGCAGGCCGAGAAGGAGAGGAUGCGCCGGGAGCAGGAGAGGCUCAGGAGCCGUGAUGAGGAGGACUCUCUGGAGCACGUGCGCAGGGCGCAUGAGGAGGCGCGGCGACGGCAGGAGCAGGCGGCGCAGGCCCAGCAGGCCGUGCAGGCGGCGCAGGCCCAGCAGGCCGUGCAGGCCGCACAGGCCCAGCAAGCCCAGCAAGCCGCGCAGGCACAGCAAGCCCAGCAGGCGCAGCAGCAGCAGCAACAGGUGCAACAGGUGCAGGCCGUGGCCUCCUCUCAGAGCCAGGCCGCCCCCCAGCAGCAGCAGCAGCAGCAGCAGCAGCCUCCCCCCUCGCAGUCCGCCCUCGACCAGCAGAGGGACCUGGCGCGCCGGAGGGAGCAGGAGAGGCGGAGGAGAGAGGCGAUGGAAUCCACCAUCGACAUGAAUUUCCAGAGCGACCUGAUGGCAAUCUUUGAGGAGAACCUGUUCUGAAAGCAAAGCGAAACACAAACAAACAUUUCGUGGAGUGGACCGAAAGAAUUUUAAAUGACAAAAAAAAAACAAUUAAAACGCGAAAGCGAACCUUGAUGGGACAAGCAGCGGGACUUCCUUGUGAGGAAGCAGGAGUAAGUUCGGCGGGAUAAUUAAAUCGCCGGGAAUAGUCUGUGGAAAGGAGGACGGCGGGGGGGGAACCCGACAAGGACAAAGCCUUUUCUGCGGAGUCUCGGCUCGGCCCCAGUGGGAUUGGAAGGACCAGCGGGAUCGCUUGGCUUCUUGGUUUGUUCGUUUGUCGUUCCUCCCGGAUUUCCGCGUCGCCAGGGACGAGCCCCCUCUUUCCGCGUGUUGCCGGGGGAGUGGGAGGGGUGAUCACCGAUCGCCGCGGCCGGUGCGCGCCGGGGAGGCUGGGGGGGGGGCGGCGGGGUAAGGGGGGUGUCCAGGAGAAGAAACCCCGAACCGGGAGCAGCCGGACCGACGGGAGCGAUCCGGGGGGGCAAAGGUGACGGAUGACAACCAAUUUUUUGCGUUUCGUGUUGGAAUUUAAAAAAAACAUGGAAGAGCUUGUGGAUGUGGGGGGAGGGGGGGUUGGGGGGGGGCAUGGGUAACAAGGUCGCAAUUUUAUUGGGGGGGGUCUUAGGACCCCAUGAGGGCGGGGGGCGGUGGGGUGGGGUGUUCAUGGUAAAACCUGCCUUACACAUCUGACUUGUAAACACACAAUAUAAAUAUAUAUAUUAUAUAUAUACACACCUGGAGAUAUGAACAAAAACGGAUACAACAGCAAAUGCAGUCUCGCCGGGAGCAGAGGUUCUGUGCUUUUUCCAGUCUGUAGGAUCUACUGUAAAGUUUUUUCUUAGCCAGCCUGCCCCUCCUGUCCUCUCACACAGACCUGUCCGAGAGCUGUCUAUGCCUUUUUCCCUGUGCAGAGUGCGGAGAGCUUUCUUUUAACAUGGGUUAUAUAUAUUUGUAAUUUGUUUUUUUUUAUAUAUAUAUAAAUGCUUUGUUUUUUUCCUCUCUUCACCCUACAUCAAAAGGUAGCUAGUAUUAAAAAAAAAAGUCUGCUGUCUCUCCCCUCACACUCCCCCCCGCAGGAUCAGCGGCCCAUCCGUGCUCGCUGCUGGACCUCGCCCGGCUCGCGGCAGCUCGGAGCGGAACCAAACCCGGGGGGGUGUCUUUAAAAGGGCCACUGUUCUUGUGGACUUGAGCCGUCGUCUUGUUGAGAUGUGGAAUUACAGCCAGCCCCUCGCAGGGAGUGUGGAUUUCCUGUGUCCCCCGACUGCUAGGGCGGUUGAGAGAGCACCUCUGGAACUCCCCUGCUCCGUUCUGGUUCUGGCCCGGCCGUCCCUCUCUCCUGAACCAGUCCUCCGAGACGAGGGGCCGGAUAGCCGGUGGCCACCACCCCGUCCCCCCUCCUCUUAACACCCCUCGUCGCUAGAUAGCUGGAUCUCGGGGGGGCAAGACGACUCUCUACCAAAGCUCAUGCAUGUCUGUCCAGGCCAGCACGCUCGACUUCUCCGCUGCGUGUACAAGGAGGAGGGUGCACUUCACAGUCAGUAGAGGGGCGAACGAGUCGGCUGAGAACUCAAACUUUCUUUUUGGGGGGAGGCGGGGGGGAUAAUUUAUAUCAUUGUUCUUGUUAAAUAGUAGUGGAGUGCAGGUCCCUCUUCUUUGGGGUUUUUCUAACCGCUAGGGGGCGCAGUUUAUCCUCUCCCGUUUUCUCACAUGGUGUUUCUACAGUGCCUGUAUUGUACAGUGACUAUAGUCGGCAAAAUUAUUUAAUUGUUAAGAGGUGGUUUGGGGGGGGUCGUGGGGGGUGGAUGUGUGACCCUGUUGCUCUGUUGAACCUGGAGACGGUGUGCAAGGACAGAAAUGAGACACUUAAGACGAUUUAAAUCAGUUUUUACGAAAAACAGUUUUAGCUGGGGUUUUUUUUAUGCACAACAAAAACAUUUUUUUCCAUCUAAUUCAUUGUUUAACGGAAACGCUUUAGAGACACAUGCGCGCGCAUUUAUAUACACACACGUGUGUGUUUAUGUAUAGUGGAGUGAGCCUGAGGAAAGUGCAGUCCUGUGUUCGAGUUCUCCAAGCUAUCUUUUUGUUUUUUUUAAUUGCGGGUGGAAAACUUAAGUGAACAUCUGUAAUGAGUAUAAUGUUGUCACUUUCAUUUCUCCAUUUCAGUGAAGUCCAUAUAUAUAUAAAUAUUUUGUUUUUGUUUGUUCAGUUUCAAAAACAUUUAACAAAAGGAGAAAAAAAUGCAAAAAUUCACUUUCACCUUUUUUUCUUCAUUCCUUUCUGCCUUUUAAUGUCUGAGUUUUUUUAAUGUUAACAGUUGGAUGUUAUGUGCCAUAGAAACCCUCUACGCAGUACAGUGCCGACAUCCGUGUCGGACAGAAUUUUUCAAUUUUAUUUUUGUGUUUAUUUUAUUAUUUUUUUUCCUUGAUUACGCCAGUUGGUAUAUCACGGAGUAAGGUAAUAGAGGAAUACAAUUCAGUCUGUAAUGAUCAUGGAAUAAACAUCUCUUUUUUUAAAAAAAAA